AUGGACAUUCACCGUUGUCGCUUUGUGCCAUACCCCCCUUCUGCCAUCAAUGCUGUCGCCUUUUCCUACGCCCAUGUCACCAGCAAGAAGAAGGCCGGCCUGGCACGCCUGGCCAUCGGCCGCUCCAAUGGCGACAUCGAGAUCUGGAACCCUCUGAACGGCCAAUGGCACCAGGAGACCAUCCUCCACGGCGGCAAGGACAGGAGCAUCGACGGCCUGGUCUGGGUCAACGAGCCCGACCAGGUCCUGCACGACGGCAACGUGCUCGUCGGCAAGUCCAGGCUGUUCAGCAUCGGCUACACCAGCACCGUCACCGAGUGGGAUCUCGAGAAGCGACGCCCCAAGAAGCAGGCGAGCGGCAUGCAUGGCGACAUAUGGUGUCUCGCCGUCCAGCCCUUUGAGAUCCCCGGCAAGAAGGGCCAGCCGCCCAAGAUGGCCGAGUCCGGCCGCCGACUGGUCGCCGGCACCAUCGACGGCAGUCUCGCCCUCUACUCGAUCGACGACGGCGACCUACGAUUCGACCGCGUGCUCGUCAAGUCCACCAGCAAGAAGACCAAGAUGGUCAGCAUCGCCUUCCAGAACCGACACAUCGCCGUCGUUGGCUGCUCCGACAGCGCCAUCCGCGUCUACGACAUGCGCAACGGCAAUCUGCUGCGCAAGAUGACGCUCGGCUCCGACCUGGCCGGCGGCACCAAGGAAAUCAUUGUCUGGUCCGUCAAGUGCAUGAACGAUGGCGACAUCGUCUCGGGCGACUCCACGGGCCAGGUUUGCAUCUGGGAUGGCAAGACCUACUCCCAGGCCCAACGGCUACAGAGCCAUAAGCAGGAUGUCCUGUCGUUGGCUGUUAGCGCCGACGGGUCGACCAUUGUUAGUGGAGGUAUGGACAAGAGGAGUAUCCUGUACAGGAAGACGUCUGGCUCCGGCUCCCGAUGGGGCAAGGUCUGGCACAGGCGGUAUCACAGCCACGACGUCAAAACCAUGUCCUCCUUCGAGGGCGCUGGCAUGAGUGUGGUAGUCUCAGGAGGACCCGAUGCGCAGCCGAUUGUGUUGCCAUUGCGGGAGGCCGGCUUGGAGAACCACCGAUCGCUGUCGAACCUGCCACAGAGCGUUCCCCUCCAGAGCGCCUCCCGCGCAAGACUGAUCGUGAGCUGGUGGGAUCGCGAAGUCCACAUCUGGCGCCUUCAGAAGCCUCUCAAUGAGAUUGUCAACGGCGCCAGUGUCGACUCAGAGACCAGCAAGAACCGCAAGCUCCUGGCAAGAAUUCUUAUAAAGGGCGAGGCCAACAUCACCUCGGCCUCGGUCAGCAACGAUGGCUCAUUGCUGCUGGUCUCCACAACGUCAGACGUCAAGGCCUUUUUCCUGAAAUCGCGAGGCGAUGGUUGGAAGGACGAGCUCAAGGUUUCCAAGGUGGAUGUCCCUGCUGCCACUGCCGCCCUGGGAGCCACGCACCUGAAAAUCUCUCCCGAUGGCAGAUGGGUUUGUUUGGCUCAAGAUGGAAGUAGAGCAUCCCUCUUGGAGGUGUCACAAGAUCCAGAGGACGGCAAUCGACCUGUUCUUCAUUCCAGAGCGGUCAAGUUGAAUCGAUUACGGCGGAACAUACCCAAGCAUAUUACCUUUGGAGGGCUUGGGCAAUAUGACAGAAGCAUUACCCAGAUCGCCUUUUCUCCAGACACCAGAAUGCUUGCUGUGGCAGAUAUGGCUGGAUACAUCGACACCUGGAUUUACCAGGAUUCCAAUCUAGUUCAGAAUGGAGCCAACAGCCACGACGGCGCCGAGUCUUCGGCCAGCGACACUUCUGACAGUGAAAACGAGGACGAAGACCCCACUGCUGCUCGCUGGCUCCGUAAUCCCAACGGCUCACUAUUGCCCAAACUGAACUACGCACCCACCAUCCUCUCCUUCUCGGACCACAUUCCGUCAUCCAAGUCCCGUGCCGCCCCUGCUGACGAUGAUGCGGACAUGGAUGACUACGUCCUCCUCGCCAUCACUGCAAGGCCACAGAUCCUGACCCUUCACCCGACUAUUGGCUCUAUAACUCCAUGGUCAAGGCGCAAUCCAGUGCAGCGAUUCCCCGUCGAAUUCCGCAACAUUCGUGAUCUUGUCAAGGGCGCAUUGUGGGCGGGUGACCGUCUGUGGAUGUACGGCAAUACUUUCCUAGCCAUGCUUGACAUGUCCAAGGACAUUGCCGAGGACCUGGCGAACCCCUCGUCCUCCCUAGUACCUCUUGACGGCCAGCCAGCCAAACCGAAGAAAAGAAAGAGAGGAGGCGAUACUGGCGCUGGAAACAAGAUGCAGAUCGGCGCUACCGGACCUACCAAGGUCGAGCGCUACGUGGAAGGCGAGCCUGUCGAGGAGCUCAAUAUGGAUGGCCCUGAUCCCAUGGACACGGACGGAACUAGUGCACCCGAGGAUGACAGUGAGAGCGAGGACUCUGACGAAGAGCUACAAGGUGAACUUGCAUCUCGCCGGAGAGCCGAAGGCAAGAAAGGUCCGGAUGCCCAACCAAACCAAGGCACUGGCUUCUGGCACACGCUGAAGUACCGGCCGAUUCUCGGGAUCGUUUCUCUGGAGCAUCUCGAAGAGUCGGAAAUAGCCGAUGAUGAUGUUGUAACACCACUCGGGAACGGCGAUGGACGCAAACCUCUGGAGGUCGCCCUUGUUGAGCGACCUCUGUGGGAUACGGAUAUGCCAGACAGGUACUUCUCGGAUGGCGAGUUUGAGAGGUAG